UGUUUCUCUCUCGUGUUUUCUCUCUCGUGUUUCUGUGAACUGCAGCUGAAAUAUCCGACAUGUUGUUAGCCAGCACGGCGAGUACACUCUGACAUUACACGUGCUUCCCCUUUGCUUCACCGUCCGCGGAUCAGACCACAGUAAACAUGUUGGAUUAGAUAUUAUUAAACGUUUUAGACAACAUUAGACAACGUUAGACACUGUUAGAAACUAUUAGACAGUAUUAGACUAUAUUAAACAUAUUAAACAAUGUUAGACACUAUUAGACAAUGAUACAUCUCAGUGUUAUGAAACGGUGUCCGACUGAUAAGGUGUAGUUUGAGAUAAGAACAAAUCGUGUUUAUUGUGUUGCUGUCUAUCCUACUGGCCUGCACUGACAUUAUUAGACCAUAUUAAACAUGUUAGAUUAGACAAUGUUAAACAUUUUGGACAGUAUUAGACAAUAACAGACAAUAUUAAACAUGUUGGACCAUAUUUAACAUGUUAGACAGUAUUAGACAAUGUUAAACAUGUUGAAUCUCAGUAUUAAACGGUGUCUGAUUGCUAAUGUGUAGUUAAAGGUGAGAACAAAUCGUGUUUAUUGUGUUGCUGUCUGUCCUUCUGGCCUGCACUGCUCUGAACACCAGCUGUACAGAAGUUGUCCUGUAGGGUGCAUUGUAAUAGCAUGCUGGUCUGUGCAGAGAAACUGCCCCCCUCUGUCCUAUUUCAUAGACGUAAUGUAGGAUGCUCCAUAUGUAUUCUCACAUGUAACAUGCUCAUUCCAGCUGUUUGUUUUCUGAUAGAAAGCUGUCACAGGUCUGUCAGGUCCAUCAGUCUUUCCCCUUAAAUGUUGUUGUGAAUCUGUGAAUGAGCCUUUUAUAUACACCGACCCUAAACUAUAUACUGUCAAUGGUCUGAAUGUGAAUAAAGCAAGAAUCCCCCAGUUCUAACGCAGCAGUGGGUCGUUGCAUUAUUGCUGCAGAGAUUUAUCGGAUGCUGUCAUGAACUGAGAAUUCAAGCAGUGCCACUUUGGUGUGCUCUGAUAUUAUUUUAUGUAUUUGUGUAAUGUAUAACUAGUGCAUAAUGUAAACAGAACUAGGUUAUACUGCGCUAGUUGUGAGAUUUAUAUGUAAUAGUUUUGAAGCUUAUUAACAAUAAAAAAGAAACGUCAUUGAAUAAUGUAACAACAACAACAGUAUGGGGACAAGAAUCAUCUCUGGGCAUUGUCAGGUGUGAUGGCGGUAGGAGGACUGAUGACUGCAGAUACGUGGCUUUAGGGGGGCAGCGCUGCCCUAGCCGGCACUAUGCAGCAGAAAGGUGCCAUCCAGAUUAUCGAAUGGGAGGACCUGGACAAGAGGAAGUUCUACUCCCUGGGUGUGUUCAUGACCUUGACCACCAGGGCCACCGUCUACCCAGCCAGCCUCAUCCGCACUCGGCUCCAGGUGCAGAAGGGGAAGGCCCUCUACUCUGGAACCUUGGAUGCUUUCUGCAAGAUCCUGAGGUUAGAGGGUGUGCAAGGCCUGUACCGUGGUUUCAUGGUCAAUACGUUCACCCUGGUGUCAGGACAGGCUUAUAUCACCACCUAUGAACUGGUGCGCAAGUAUGUGUCCCAGUACUCGCCCAGUAACACGGUGAAGUCGGUGGUGGCAGGAGGGGCGGCGUCCCUGGUGGCCCAGACCAUCACGGUGCCCAUAGACGUGGUGUCUCAGCAACUUAUGAUGCAAGGACAGGGGGAACACCUGACUCGCUUCAAGCCCAAACCCAAAAUGAUGCUCGCAGCAAGCAAACGCAGACUGACUUUCGGGCAAACCCGUGACAUUACGGUGCAGAUAUUUGCUGCCGAUGGCUUCAGAGGAUUUUACAGGGGCUACGUGGCAUCGCUACUCACGUACAUCCCAAACAGUGCACUCUGGUGGCCUUUUUAUCAUUUUUACGCAGAGCAACUGUCCUUGAUGGCGCCAAGCGGGUGCCCCCAUCUGAUUCUGCAGGCUUUGGCAGGACCAAUGGCAGCAGCAACCGCCUCCACCAUCACCAACCCCAUGGAUGUUGUUCGAGCAAGAGUACAGGUGGAGGGACGAUCGUCUGUUAUCGAGACGUUCAAGCAGCUGCUGGCCGAGGAGGGCGUCUGGGGGAUGACCAAGGGGCUGUCGGCCCGCAUCAUUUCCUCCAUGCCCACGUCGGUGCUCAUUGUGGUGGGAUAUGAGACUCUGAAGAGACUGAGCCUGCGAGCUGAUUUGAUCGAGACCAGACACUGGUGAGAGGCCAGAGGAAACCAGGACAGCCUCGUGCCAGGCUUCACCUCAACACAGCCAGGCAGGAACUUUUCACAUUGGAGAUAAUGAGCCAGAUCUGUGUGCAGUCUCCGGGGUAACGGCUCAGCUGUGUAGCUGCUACCACAGGCCUUUUAGAUCAGUGCUGUCUCAAUGUAGGUACGAUGCAGCGGCAGUGUUUGUCUUUAGAUACAUUUGGGAGUUGCAGGUGUUAUCACCUUGCUUUUUUUUCUGCGCAAACCCAUUUCUACUGGCCUUUUUUUCUUUGCUAAACUGUUACUGUGAAAUAUAUAGCUUUAAGUGCAUUUUGCCAAAACCAAAUUGGAAAAAAAAAAACACGAAGUCUCCCCUUCAAAGGAUUGUAGAUAACUCAAGACCUUUUUUGAUUAAAGCCUCAUGUACUGUAUAUUUUAACAAUAUGGAAUGACUGUACCAGUGUAUUUUUUAUACCUGGACAUGUAGUUUUUUUUUUACCGUGUCAUACUUUAACUGCACAGAUGCAAACGUGUGAACACUUUUGCUGGGUUCAGUUUUUUUUAAAACAGCUACUCUGCAGUAAAUCACAAUAUGUAUUUUAAAGAGAAUUUGUGACAAGGCCAUUGUUAGUUUUCCACGUGCCAAACUUCGGAGACCGAAUGCCUUGUUUGUCCUAUUGAGCACGUCAAGAGCAGAAAACCUUGAUAUCUGUGUGCAUUCCAGUGAAAAGAAAAUCUUGUGCAGAGGUGUGAGACACCUGCUAAGAUUCUCACCUUCAGUCUAUGCCCUAAAUGAGUAUAAGAUGUUAAUUAUAGUGUAAAGGUAAAAGAAUAUCCCACCACAAUAGCAAUGUUGUUAAACUGUACAGAAGAAAUGAGUUCAGUGUGAUAAUUAAGACUUCCAAAAGUAUCUUUAUAACGUGUUUGAUGUUCUGUUUACUUACAGGACAACAAAUAUUCGGUUCAUCUCAAGAGGUCUCUGUGAAACCUGGCCCACGUUAGUGUAGUUCAACCUUAAAGGCUUUCUGUACUGUAUGUAGCUGUGUCCCGUGAUUUAUUUGUGAAGUCACUGUUGCAGGUAUAACGAUGAAUUCUAUGUAUAGAUAAGUUGAUCGGGCCAAUCAGGCAGGUGUUUUUGCUUCUUUUCGUUCCCGUCUGCGUAAAUGGACUGUACACGACAACGUGGAGCUCGACAGAAACGAUGAGAAAGAUGAGAUGUAGCCGAGGAGGUGUGAACUUCAUGUUACAAGCUUUAGAGCUCAUUAAGGUGGGAAUCCAGUAUGUUCCUCAUGGGCCACUACUACUGUUGUGUUCUGUAUAUUAUUCAUAAUGUAAGGGAUGACCAGGCAUCAAAUCUGGCAUCAUUUGGUUACAGGGCAGAAACUUAAACCACUGGGCUAUUCUGCUAACAUACAUCAACACCAGCAGACACAACUAAACUCCAGAGUUGCCUUCAGGUUGCACUUAAUGAGUGUGAGGUACAUCAACGGGACUAAUGUAAUGUUGGGCAUGAAAUGCAGUUGGAGAAGAUGCAGCCAUGAUUGGAAAUGACUAUUACUGCCAGGAAACACAUCUCAGUGACGUUUCUUUUUUUUGUACAACUCGAUGUUCAAGAGAACUUCCGCCAGUUUCUGAACUGAAUGUGAUUUAAUUUCCGAAAAAGCCAAUUUAAUGGACCUUUUUUAUGGAGGAAGUGCUACACCUAUAUUUACCACCUACCUGCUCUGUGUGUAAUAUCAAAGAAUUGUUAAAAGUACAGUUGGAUGUUUUAAACAUACAAAACUUGUGGAUCUUUGAUGAAAUGUAAUAAAGACUUCUGAAUCACUGCA